UUUGUGUACAAUCGGAGGACAGCCACAUCUGAAAAUACAACAGAAGCGGCGGCAAACAGGCACCAGGUCCAUCUCUCCAAAUCACAUGCACUAUACAACUGUCUCUACAUAAAAAAGAACACAAGGAUUCUAUUUUUACCCAGGAAGCAUGAACUCUCUGUCUGGUAAAAGUGUGCUGUCUCUUUGUAGACAGACCACUAGCUCCAUUCGAGUGUUAGCCUACAGCCUCUUUGAGACACAAAGAGUGUGCCAUUCAGACACCACCUCCAAACCUGGCAGUAUCAGUACCAAAAAACGGGGCUAUGACAUCACAAGGAACCCUCAGCUUAAUAAGGGCAUGGCGUUUACCCUUGAAGAGAGGCUGCAGCUAGGCAUUCAUGGCCUGCUGCCCCCGUGCUUUCUCUCCCAGGACGUCCAGGUGCUCCGGGUCAUGAAGAGUUAUGAGACACGUUUCAACCCCCUUGACAAAUAUAUCUUACUAAUGUCUUUACAGGACAGAAAUGAGAAGCUCUUCUAUCGUCUGUUGACCUCGGACAUUGAGGAGUUUAUGCCUAUAGUUUACACUCCCACUGUGGGUUUAGCCUGUCAGCAGUAUGGCCUGGCAUUCAGGAGACCACGCGGCCUUUUUAUAACCAUUCAUGACAAGGGCCACAUAGCCACCAUGCUGAACUCAUGGCCAGAGGAGAACAUCAAGGCCAUUGUGGUAACUGAUGGUGAAAGGAUCCUGGGGCUUGGAGACCUUGGUAGCUAUGGAAUGGGUAUUCCAGUGGGCAAGAUGGCUCUAUAUACAGCCUGUGGAGGAGUUCACCCUCAACAUUGCCUGCCUGUGCUGUUGGAUGUUGGCACUGAUAAUGAGACUCUCCUAAAUGAUCCCUUGUACAUUGGACUAAAGCACAAACGAGUGAGAGGAAAAGAAUAUGAUGACCUGGUUGACGAGUUCAUGCAAGCUGUCACAGACAAGUAUGGCAUGAACUGUCUGAUUCAGUUUGAGGACUUUGCAAACAGCAAUGCUUUCCGCAUUCUUAAUAAAUAUCGCAACCGUUAUUGCACCUUCAAUGAUGAUAUACAAGGCACAGCAUCAGUGGCUGUUGCUGGCAUUCUUGCUGCUUCCAAGAUCACCAAAAAUAAAAUAUCCGAUCACACUUUUAUGUUUCAAGGAGCUGGAGAGGCUGCUAUGGGCAUUGCGCAUUUACUCAUCAUGGCCAUGGCUAAGGAAGGAGUGUCACAUGCUGAUGCUGUCAAAAAGAUCUGGAUGGUGGACUCGAAAGGACUAAUCGUCAAAGGAAGAAGUAAUUUAAACCAUGAGAAAGAAGAGUUUGCCCAGGAGCAUCCUCAUAUAAAAACCCUAGAGGAGGUGGUGGAGACCAUUAAGCCCACAGCUAUCAUUGGUGUGGCAGCUAUUAAAGGAGCCUUUACAGAAAAGAUCCUAAAGGACAUGGCCUCCUUUAAUGAAAGGCCUAUCAUCUUUGCCCUCAGCAAUCCCACCAGCAAAGCAGAGUGCACAGCGGAGCAGUGCUACACACUCACUGAGGGUCGUGGCAUUUUUGCCAGCGGCAGUCCUUUUAAGAAGGUAACUCUACCAGAUGGACGCAUUUUCUAUCCAGGCCAGGGGAACAACGCUUAUGUGUUUCCAGGUGUGGCGCUGGGGGUUAUUGCCUGUGGAGUGCGCCAUAUAUCAGAUGAUAUUUUCCUCACUACAGCAGAGGCAAUAGCUGACAUGGUCACUGAAGAGAACCUGGCUGAGGGCAGACUUUACCCUCCCCUCAGCACUAUCAGAGAAGUGUCCUUCAAGAUUGCUGUAAAGAUUGUGGACUAUGCCUAUAAGCACAAUAUUGCUUCCUGGUAUCCUGAGCCCAAGGAUAAAGAAGCCUUUGUGUUGUCGCAUGUGUACAGUGCCGACUACAAUUCCUUCACACUGGACACCUACAGAUGGCCCAACGAAGCCAUGGCGGUCCAGGAUGUGUAGUUGCUCUAGCUGAUAGCUUCUCUUCUUUUGAUAUGGGAAAGAGAUAUAUCAGACAUAUAUGCAUUAGCCAUUUAUCAUCUAGCAUUAUGUUAUAGUUCAUAAUAGUGUAACCUUUUUAUUUAAUGCCCUAUUUCUGUAUGUUUACACUUUUCAUUAGUCUAAAAUUUAGAUACCUAGUUCUGAGUCACUGCCUUUACUUGCAGGCGCCAACGCAUCUGCCAAAGAUACUGUUUAUGCUGCUAAAGCUUAUACUCAAAUGCUUAGGCAACAUAUUUGUCAGGAAAACAAUAUUUUGGUUCUAUGAUUUGCUUUUUACUCCCAAAUUUUAAUAAGCAGUACAAUCUCCAAGCUUUCUAACAUUAAUCAUUCAUUUAUUUACCUCCUUGUUUUAAACACUCCUAUUUUUUCUUUUUUUUUUUUCAAAGUAGCAAUUUGUUGACAGUAUAUUUUUGAUGUUACUGCCACAAGUUGCAAUGAUGCAGACAUUUUUGUUUUUAAACUAGGUUAUUUGGCUUGAUGUAGGGUGUUUAAGGUUUUUGGCUGUUUGUCUUUUUAAAAAAUCUGCAAAGGAUGGCAUGUAUUAAAUAUAUUGUUCGCCAUUAGUGGCAAAUUUUAUGUUGAACUUAAAGGAUAGCGAUUUGUUUCCUGAAGUUCCCCAUAUAUUCUCAGUGGGUAGUUAAAAAUGUAUUCAAGUAGUCAGUGCUGUUUUAGAAAUUAUUGUGAAGUAAUAACAUUUAUGAACAUGCUUUGCUUCGAGUAAUGCACUAUCAAAAUAUCUAUUUUUUUAAGAUAUCUAAAACGAGAAACCAACAGGGGUAUAAAUUUAUUUCAUAAAAUGAAUUUUAUGCUUAGAACGUUGUGGCAAAAUUUUUUAAAUCUCAGUUUUCUAGCUAACAUUAUACAAUCACUAAAUAGCUGCUUUAUUGUAAUUAGGGCUACAGUCCAGAGCCUAGCCGAAAACACAGAUUGCCAGUCCAUGGCAUUAUACAUCUGCUUAAUCACUCACUCGAUUACACCUAGAGGUGCAAGACCAGACCAGCCAUUCAAUUUACUGGCAUGUUGUUGAGCAGUGGAAGCUAAAUUAUUGAUACUAAGGAUGAUCUGCACAGAAAAGUCAACAUCUGAACUAUGCAAAACAGCUAGAGGCAUUCUGAAUUAUUUUAACUCCUAGGCCACAAUCACAAGGUAUGUCUGGAGGUAGAAAAGCAGAAUUUCAUUAAAAAAAACUUUACUUUGCCACCUGAUAAGAAUAAGGUUGAAUGGGGGUACAUAUCCAGGAUAGUUCAGUAACAGAACAGGGUGCCCCAGCAAUGUAGAGUUCAAUUUUUGUUUCUUAUCAUUACAAGUCAAAUAAAUCUAAGCAAUAAGCUAAAAUCUAAGAA